GCCGUAUUCAAACGGUUGACAUUUGACAAGGUGACCACGCCAUGAGCAAGGCGCCGGCAAAGAGGACAGCGGCGGCGACUGAGCGAGGGCCGGAGUGGAGGUACUUUGGUUCCCCAGAAUUUGAAGAAGAUGAUGCCGCUUCCUUGGCUGUGAAUGGCGGUGCCUUGGCCAAGCCUACUAAGAAAAUCCCUCGCGUGCGGUGCAUGUACUGCCAUGACAAGAUCUCGGCGCGAUCGAACUCGUUGCGACGGCAUCUUCGUGAAUGCACCAAAUGCACAGACGAAGCCCGGCAAUACUGUGUCAAGAUCGAUAAGAUGAACUGUCCCGUCGAGACGUCGCUGCCACCCACUGCACGCUUUGAUGAUGAACACAUGAAAAACGAUACGUCAGCUCAGCUGCUGCUCCUCCAAGACAAGUCAAACCAAUCUCAUCAAGGACGAUGUGAUCCCACCGUGCACGACCACCUUGAUGCCGCCGAUGCGCCGACCAGCAAGGCCACCCAACGCCGUCUCAAGAAUCGCCUUGCCUGUCGAGCGAAUCGCAAACGCAAAAAAGCUAUUCGGGAGACGCUCAAGAUGCAAGUCAAACAGUUGAGCCGGUCAAACUCGUGGCUGCACCAAGAAAUCAAUGCGUUGCUCGGGUUUUCUUUGGUCACGAGCAGCAUCGCAACAACAUCUCCACCCCGUUCAUCCCCUCGAGCAGCAUCGCACCAUCCCCACCCAACUUACGAUCCGUUGGCAGAGUCCACACACAUGCAAGACAAUCAACUGAACGUGCAGCACGUUGUUGCGUCGGACUACCGGACCGAUGCCGCAGCGAUGGUCGAUGCACCUGCCCCUUCAUCGUCAUCAUGGCAAAGGAAAGACAGCGCUGCGAUUCCCAUUCAUCCAUCCGUGUCCCAGCAACGCGCAGCGUGCUUGCAAGAAACCGCGGCGUCCUACUUUCGAUGGUUUGUGGGGCUGUCAGACGCCCCACCGACCGACUCGACGUCUGCCCCGUUUUACUCGCGAGACAAUUGCCAAGUCGUCGGCGAACGAGCGACGUUCUGCGAUGCGUUUCACGUUGGUCCCCACGUCUCGCUUGAAAGCAUUUGGAAGACCAAAGCAUACCUGUUUGACGACCUCCACACGAUCCAAGAUGUUCACGUCGCUGCGGUCGAUCCAUCCACAAACGUUGUUACAAUCACGAUCGUCGAAGAAGGCAUCCUUCGUGACGUGUGGGCGCUUCGGGCGCUGUUCAACCCGACGUUUGUCGUGACGCUGCAACUGCAUUUUGCCAACUCGACGCCAAAGGUCCAGCUCUCGUGGGAGCUAGUGUGUCACUGCGUCGCAUCCAACAACGCGAUGGGCGGUCGUCCAACUGCUCGCCGCAUCGACGUGGCGCUCAUCAAGUGCGACCGUUUGUGAACAUGUCGGGGAUAUUUGAAUGCAGCAAUGUCGGCAGCUCCGUCUUCUUUGCCUCCCGUGUGUCGCUUGGCGACGCAUGGACGUCCAUGCGCGUCCGUGUGGUCGGAUGGAAGCGGAGACUUCGUGAAACAAAGUCGUGUGGACAGCGCCGUGUGGAUGUGUUAUCGUGUUAACGUAUUGAAAAAUAUGUACCCCACACACGGCGACACGGAAUGGCCGUGAGGGUGUGCCUCGGUCGCAUUGCUUACUUCCUGAACAACUUGUUGGACAGGUUUUGGA